AUGGGAGAGAAACGAAAACGCGAUAGAUCCGGAGGAAAUAUGGAACAGAAAUUGACUAUUCUAUUUGGGGGUGCGUCUGAUCAAAAAGUCGUUCAGGACUUUUCGAUCCAGAAUUUCUCCCCCAACUUAAUAACGAAUCACCCUUUUUUGAAAUCCUAUAACUGUUGUUAUCGAUCUAUUAAUGUAUAUAUUUUUCUAUAUAAGAAGCAAUCAUCUUCGCGCAACUCAAAUCCAAUAGAGGAUGCAAUCGACUUCGCUCUCGCGCAGUUCUUUUUCGCAUGUAACAUUUCAUUUAAUGUUGUAGAAUCUCCACAUUUCAAGAAUUUCAUUGGCCUCCUACAUCCUAGCUCCAAAAUCUCCACUAGAAAAAAAUUGUCAACAAAACUACUGGACAAAGUACAUCAGAGCCUAGUCCAUGAGCGAGUGUCAUUACGCGGUUCACAGGGCGUUCUGCUCACUGAUGGCUGGACAAACUCCGCAGCUAAUACCAAAAAUGUCGUUUGUGCCAUUCACAAAGUAAAUUCCAAGAGCAUAUUUUUGAAAUCGUGGGAUUUGACGGAAGUAAGUGAAACAGGCGAAGAAUUGAGGAAAAUUGUAGAUGAGGAUAAGUGCCUAGCACAAGAAAAGUUCAAUAUCGAUGUUUAUGCAGUUGUAUCGGACAAUGCAUCGGCCAUGGUAUCGAUGGGAAAGAAAGUAGACAUAUGGCAUACUACUUGUGAGAGCCAUAGUGGUAAUUUAUUGGCACAGGCUUUCGUCCCUGAGAUAUUCACAAAAAAGGUGAAUAAACUUCUACGUGAGUUCAAAACUCCCGGAGCAGAACAUGAGUUGAAGCUAUUGGGAGGCUCCAGAAUUUAUCUGGCUUGCGAGACUAGGUGGUGCAGCUAUCGAGAUGCGUUUAGAUGUUUAUUGAAAAACUUCCAUCUUAUGAAUAUGCUCUGUUAUGCCUUUUGGGGACACAACAAAUUUUAUUAGACAGUGAAUAAUCACCAGGUGUGUUCCGGUUCGGUAUUUAAUGAUUCGGACAACCUGAUAUUUAUGAAAUUUUAACUUCAUUUUAAAAACACAUAUCAUUUAAAUGAA